UUUGAUGAUGUGCAUGUGAAAUUCACGGAGGAAGAGUGGAAUUUGCUGGAUCCUUCCCAGAAGAGUCUCUACAAAAAUGUGAUGUUGGAAACCUACCUGAACCUCAAAGCUAUAGGCUAUAAUUUGGAAGAGCAUCAUCUUGAAGAACAUUGUCAAAAUAAUAGAAGUCAUAAAAGAUGCAGUAAUCUCCAAUAUCAUAAAACAACACCUACUGGAGAGAAACCUCAUGAAUAUAAUCAAUGUGGUAAAGCCUUUGCAAGACCCAGUCAUCUCCAAACACAAAAAAUGACACAUACAGGAGAGAAACCUUAUAAAUGCGAUCAAUGUGGUAAAGCCUUUGCACAGCGCAGUUCUCUCCAAUAUCAUAAAAGAACACAUACUGGAGAGAAACCUUAUGAGUGCCAUCAAUGUGGUAAAGCCUUUGCAUGUCACAGUCAUCUCCAAAUACAUAAAAGAACACAUACUGGAGACAAACCUUAUGAAUGUAAUCAAUGUGGUAAAGCCUUUGCAUGUCACAGUAAUCUCCAAAUACAUAAAAGAACACAUACUGGAGAGAAACCUUAUGAAUGUAAUCAAUGUGGUAAAUCCUUUGCAUGUCACAUUGCUCUCCAAGUACAUAAAAGAACACAUACUGGAGAGAAACCUUAUGAAUGUAAUCAAUGUGGUAAAGCCUUUGCACAGUGCAGUGCUCUCCAAUAUCAUAAAAGAACACAUACUGGAGAGAAACCUUAUGAAUGUAAUCAAUGUGGUAAAGCCUUUGCACAGCACAGUGAUCUCCAAAGACAUAAAAGAACACAUACUGGAGAGAAACCUUAUGAAUGUAAUCAAUGUGGUAAAGCCUUUACAAGACCCAGUCAUCUCCAGUAUCAUAAAAGAACACACACCGGACAGAAAACUUAUUAAUGUAAUCAAUUUGGUAAAGUGUUUUCACCAGGGAUAAAUCUCCUAAUUCUGUGUGCUGGAGAGAAACAUAAUGAAUAUGAUCAUGAAUUAAGUGGGAAUUAGGACGGUAUCAUAGUAGGAUAUGAUAGACAUGGGUGCUUGGGAUUAUUUCCAUUCUGGAGAUUUUCUUUUUUUUUUUAUGCUUUUGCAAAGAAGUUUGCUGCCCUCGUCUGAAAAGUUUUCUUGAGGUUAAGGUAAAGACGUUUACAUUAAUUG